CAUGACUUGCAGCGAGCAGCACAGCACACCCCUCGAUGUCCGUUAAGCAAAGUCGGACACGGCGACGCCACAUCGCGGUUCGCAGAACUUUGCUGCCGUAGCGCUAGGCCACUUCGAUAUUUCAAUUGUCACCACCGCCGGGUUCUCAAGAAAGGACGGGUCACACAACGCAGAUUCUGUACUGCCAGAACUCACCGAGGCGAAAGACGCACUGCCGCACCGCCACUACUCACGGCUUUCCGCCAAGUAACACACAACCUACAACCAACACACAAGCAACGCACGUACAAUCACAUGAGCAAUUUUCAACAACGCGCGGUUGAGAGAACGAUCACGCUGAGGUCGAACACGCCAAGGCGUCGCUCGGCGCCAGCAUCGCGCCUUCUCAAAAAUCCCUAAACGAUGCUGUCCCUAGGCACCUAGGAUCAGGUCACGUGAGGGAUUUUUGUACGACAAAUAGACGCACGCGUGGUUGCGAGAGAGAAAUGUGGGGACUUUAGGUGCUCAAAAUUUCUCGUCGUUUAGGUACUAUGGGGAAGAAAACCGUUUGCUCCGUUUGUCCCUAGCCGAGCUUGCAGCACAGAAUCGACAGGAUGCGUGGCCGGCAAGGCGAAAAAGCCGCGUCCGAGCCAUCAUUCCCUAAGGUGUCCACCCUGCCCCAUCGGAGAAAGUCAGGUGCAUGUGGUGACCAUUCUCAAAGGGAACUGCAGUUCCUGAGCGGACAUAUACAGCAGCUGUCAUCUUCUCGGAAGCAGGCGCUCAUGCUUGGAGACCUGCAGAGCACGAACUGCAGCAUGUGUGGCGAGCCCGGGAGACAGCAAGAGCCACAGAAGUCCUGGACUAAGGGCGCCUCCCACACAAGCAGAAAGACACCCGCUUUUCCUUUAUUUUUUUUUAUAAAUGUUUUUCCUUCUCCUACUUAUAAUGUUCUUUAAUACAAUGGUUUACCUGACAUGGAGGCAGUUUUAUCUCUGGAGCUCCUAUCUGAAUACAUGGGAAAAGAGAAAUAGUUUUUCUCUGAAGCCAGCAACGGAAUUCGAUGAGGUUGGUUACAUGUAAAAAAAAAAAAGCUGAAAUGUAGCGACUGUUCUAGGGGGCAAUUUUUUGUGGCAGGAAAUUUUGAAAAUUGUGAAAUUAAAAAGACUUCCGUAUGAAGUUUACAACUUGAUACAAAAGCUAUGAAAUUGUAAACUUCGUGCUUAUAUUUUUUAAGCUUACUGACUCUCAGCAAUUUUUCCUAAAUAUUCAAGGUCCUAAAUCAAAAUUAUGCAGCCUAGAAUGACUAAAUUUUAUCUUUUUCUCUCAAAUGCAACAAAUUUCAUUGCAAUUAUUCCAGUAGUUGUCUCAAAAGCAUUUCUGCAUUUUACAUGUAUUUGAAUAAAGAGAUUAGAGUUGGCACUGAACUAAAGCAUCCUCCUCAAGGUAUGCACAUCAUUUCUGGCCGUGAGGCCAGUUAUCAGUCGACACUCUACACUAUAAAAGAGAAUUGCCUUU